UUGGAAAACAAGCAGGACAGCGGCCCCCCUCCCUCGAGGACUGGAAUUGGCCACCCCUGCUAUAAGUCACACUGGAUAUAAAAUGAUAUGUUAUUUCUGUGCAUUCAUGUGUCGACAGAGUUAUGAUUCCCGUUUUUGUUUGUUCUGACAAAUUGUGGCAAAAGUUUUGAAUUGAGCUGUGUCCUGCAGCAGCUCUUGAUCGUGUUGAUCAUAGUGAACAAAGUUACAAUAACUUCCCUAUGUUUUUACAACACUGGUAUCCAUCUGUCCCUUUUACUACUAUCUUUACCUCAACUCUCGCCCUCCGUGCCUCGUGUAAACCGCCUUAAUGACGCAAAGGAUAGUCCAAAUUAUACUGAUCCAUUCGAACCAACUUUUACUCGCCCAUUUAAAAUACAGAUAGCCCAAAUGGCCAGAAAACAGCACAGAUCAACUAAUCUGUUCUCCAAGUCAGGGAAACAUGUGCAAUGUGGUAACGCUAGGCGGCGAUACAACAUGUAACGCAACUUAGAACAUAGCAUAUAAAAUCAGAGAAGAAGAAACAAGUACCAGACAAAAUGGCUGUAGGACGAAGCUAAUUCUUGGCUAAUGUAAACAUCUAUCAACAAUACAUUGGAGCAGGAGCGACGAUAACGUCACCCGAUAGGUUUUGACACAGCGAAUGAGAGCCAGUCCUCCUGAUUUUGGUAAAGGAUGAUGAGCCAGCGACGUGGGAUCCAUCUGGACCAAUCAGAGCUGCUUUGCAAGAAAGGAUGUGGUUAUUAUGGCAACACUGCUUGGCAGGGCCUGUGCUCGAAGUGCUGGCGAGAGGAAUAUCAGCGAGAAAAGCAACAGAUUCAAGAGGACUGGGCACUUGCUGAGAGGCUGCAGAGAGAGGAAGAGGAAGCGUAUGCAAGCCGACAUCAGAGGGCCCAAUCACAGCCUACCACAACCUUCAACAAGUUUGAAGAAAGAAAAACUAAGGAAAAGUCCAGCAAAGUCAACACAGUCACAAAGUUUUUUACUCCUUCCACAAAAACACCACCAAAAAAAGAUUCCACUCCUUUAGAUGCCCAGUCCAGCCCGAGCCCCAGCUCCUCUGCGACUCGGCACUCUUCUGGGGACAGUGACCAUGCCACACGAGAGUUCAUUGACUUUCUCAAGCCUCUGAAGUCUGGCAAGGAGAUCUUCAAACAGUGCAGAGCCUUCACUGAGAGCAUGGUCUAUAAGCGGGACCUGGGUGCUGAUGAGCUGUCAGAGUGUGUGCAGGACUUCUACCAGAGCCUCUCAGAACGCCUCCAUACACAGUUCAAAGGUUCGACAGAUCAUGUAGAGAGCAUUAUGGAUGAAGUAGAGAAGUACAUGAUGACUCGUCUCUACAAGGAAGUCUUCUGCCCUGAGACCACAGACGAUGAGAAGAAAGACUUGGCCAUUCAGAAGAGAGUCAGAGCCUUGCACUGGGUCACCAUUGAGAUGCUCUGUGUUCCUGUAGAUGAAGAGAUCCCUGAGGUUUCUGACAGUGUAGUCAAAGCCAUCACAGAUGUGAUUGAGAUGGAUUCCAAGCAUGUGCCCAAGGAGAAGCUGGCAUGCAUCACUCGUUGCAGCAAGCACAUCUUCAACGCCAUCAAAGUCAGCAAGAAAGAGGCCGCGUCCGCAGACGACUUCCUCCCCACACUCAUCUAUAUUGUGCUGAAAGCAAACCCUCCGCGACUGCAGUCCAACAUCCAGUACAUCACCCGUUUCUGCAACCCCAGCAGACUCAUGACUGGAGAGGAUGGUUACUACUUCACUAAUCUGUGCUGUGCAGUGGCCUUUAUUGAGAAGCUGGAUGGUCAGUCUCUCAACAUGAGCUCAGAGGAGUUCGAGCUCUACAUGUCAGGCCAGGCGCCUCCCCUCUGGCCACAGGUCACCGGCGCUUCCUCCUGCUCCCCAGGAAGCACAGCUCUCAGUCAAGUCCACCAACGACUGGACCUGCUAACCGGCCUUGGGGAAAGGCAGGAGCGUGUCAUGGUGAAGGCUCGCCAGCUGGAGAGCGACCUCAUCGACUGGACGGACGAAGUGGAUCAGAAAGUGCAGAGCGUUCUGGAGAACUUUCCACCACAGACACAGAACCCUGCGGCAGGCACGGAUGAUGGGACAACAUCUGCAGCGUCAUCAGCAAUCGACUCUGAGAACGUGGAGAACGAGCUUCUUCCCCCUCCACUGCAGCCGCAAGUGUUCGCAGGUUGAUGUGAAGAGCUGUGCUCUAAACAAAAUCUAGAGGGUUUUCUCCGCUCUCACCCUUUUCCCUACUGUUUAACUUUGCUGUCUGUGCACAUAACAGCUGUGGAUCCCAUUUCCACUCCAGCAAUUUUUAUUACAUCCAUCUGUUGUCCUAGAGUCCUUGACAGUACACUGAACAGCAGUGGAACUGAAAACAGGGGGAAACAGGUAGCCUAGCUCUGUCAAGACGUAACAAAAUUUGUGUAGCAGCACCUCCAAAACUCACUGACACCUGCUUUGGGUCAUACAAAAACCAAAGAGUAAAAAUUCACUUUUACACUAUGGUUGGUUUACAGAUGACUCUCACCUAUGGUCAUGAACUUUGGGUCAUGACCAAAAGGGCAAGAUCCCGGAUACAGGCGGCCGA